GUUCUCUCUCUACAUACAGAUACAGACACCAACAUAAUAGAGCUGAGUUGCUUUAUUUCAUUUCGACCCGACAAUUCCAAUUAACUCUUUCAAGAAUCUUUCACUCCUCACUUCAUAUUUGUGAUUACCUCCUCUCCUUUCACUUGACGAAUUUCCGAGGGAAUUUAAGUAAUCGUUCUCAUGGAUCCUUGGUUCAGUGAUUCCAACACAUCAAAUGAGUUUAAAUUUGAUGAUGGAAGUUUUCUCCCCAGUUAUGAUCAGCUUCAAAACCUUAGAAAUGGGACUAAACAUGAUUACUUAGAUCUUGAUGUCCUGGAUAUCCCUUUCCUUCCUAUAAGCCCAGGCCCUGAUAAUUUUGGUCCAUCUUCGAAUGUGAGCUAUGAAACCGACUCUCCAGAUGAUGUAGACUCUGAUCCAGUGCUAAAAUUUCUCAAUCAGAUUCUAGUUGAAGAGGAUAUGGAAGAGAAGCCUAGCAUGUUUCAUGACCCCCUUGCUCUACGUGCUGCUGAGAAAUCCUUGUAUGAAGUCAUUGGGCAGAAGUACCCACCUUCACCGUCUUAUCCAGGAAGUUAUGUUGAUCAAAAGUCUGACAGUCCUGAUAGCUUUUUCGGGAAUUCCAGCGAGUAUACAAGCAGCAGUAAUGCUGGAAGUAGUUCUAUUGAUCCUCAAUGGAUUGUUGAUCCAGGUGAAAAUACUUCGUCAAUGGAACAGGGUCAUCUGCAGGAUCUUUUGUCCGAUUCAUUCUUACCGGUCAGUUCACAAUCAUCAUCACUUGCUGUCAACAGCUCCUAUGGUAAUGUGAAUACACUGAUGAACUCCUUUAGCGAUGCAAGCCUGCUUCAGAAUUUGUUUGGUGAUAGUGAAUCCAUCUUGCAGUUCAAGAGAGGGAUGGAAGAAGCUAGUAAAUUCCUUCCUAACAGUAAUCCAUUGAUUAUUGAUUUGGACAAAUAUGAAUUACCUAAAAAAUCAGAAGAUAUAAGUCCAGCUGUUGUUAUCAAAACAGAAAUAGAAGAGCCUCACAACUCGUCUAAUAGCCUCAAGGGAAGGAAGCAUCAACAUACAGACGAUGGGAAUUUGGAAGACAUGGAAAGAAGCAGCAAGCAGUUUGCAACAUAUGUUGAAGAGGUUGAACUAUCUGAAAUGUUUGAUAGAGUUCUUCUCUACACUGAUGUCAAGAAGGAGUGUGGCAACAAUGAUACUGAACUGGCAGGCCCGGCUCCGCUGCCAGCAGUGCUGCCUAAUGGGUCUAAUGGCAGAAAAGCUCGUGCAAAGAAAAAUGAGAGACAGGGGGAUUCCGUGGACCUCAGAACCCUUUUGAUUAGUUGUGCUCAAUCUGUUGCUGCUGAUGAUCGUAGAACAGCAUAUGAACAAUUAAAGCAGAUCAUGCAGCAUUCUUCUCCAACCGGUGAUGUAUACCAGAGGUUGGCCCAUGUGUUUGCUAGUGGUCUUCAGGCACGGCUGGGUGGGACUGGAACUGAGCUUUAUGCAUCCCUAAAUCGCAGGAAAAUUACGGCUGCAGAGAAGUUAAAAGCCUACCAGGUGUAUCUUUCAGCCUGUCCAUUCAAGAAGUUGUCGAUUGCUUAUGCAAAUAAGAUGAUUUAUUCGCUGGCAUCAGAAGCAACUACACUGCAUAUUAUUGAUUUCGGUAUCCUUUAUGGCUUCCAGUGGCCUAUCCUCAUUCAGCAGCUUUCAGAGAGAGCUAGUGGGACUUUCAAGCUGCGUAUCACUGGAAUUGAGCUUCCACAACCAGGUUUUAGACCAGCCGAACUUCUAGAGGAGACAGGUUCCCGCUUAGCAAAAUAUUGUGAACGUUUUGGAGUACCGUUUGAAUACCAAGCCAUUGCAACACAAAACUGGGAGGCAAUUAAGAUCGAGGACCUGAAGAUUGCAAGUGGUGAGGUGAUCGCUGUGAACUCUCUUUUCCGGUUUGGCAGAUUGCUUGAUGAGACAGUUAUGGUUGAUAGUCCAAGGGAUGCUGUUCUGGACCUAAUCAGGAAAAUAAAGCCACAUAUCUUCGUAAACACUGUCACAAAUGGAUCUUUUAAUGCUCCCUUCUUCGUGACUCGUUUCAGGGAGGCCCUGUUCCAUUAUUCUGCACUGUUUGACAUGUUUGAUGCUACCUUGCCUCGUGAUAAUCCACAUAGGAUUGAUUUUGAGCAAGAUUUCCUUGGCCGUGAGGUAAUUAAUGUUGUUGCAUGUGAGGGAGCAGAGAGGGUUGAGAGACCUGAGACGUACAAGCAGUGGCAAGUUCGCCACAUACGGGCUGGGUUCAAACCGCUGCCCUUGGAUCAUGGGAUUUUGAAAAAAAUCAGACACAAGUGCUGUGGAUAUCACAAAGAUUUUCUUUUUGAUGAAGACGGUUUUUGGAUGUUGCAAGGGUGGAAAGGCAGGAUUACUUGUGCAAGCUCGUGUUGGGUCCCUGCAUAGAGUCUGAUGCAUGUUCACUCAACAUUAAGGGGGUUCAGACGAUAUCUGCACUUGAAGUAGCAUUGUAUCAGAAGAAAAGGGAACUUGCAGUUGUGGGGAUGUCAUAUUACAAGGUACUUGGAACUCUAUCCAGUCGACUUACGCCUCUUCUGAUUUGGCUCAUCAUGUUGUAGAAUAGCAAAUCAUGUGUACAUAUAUCAGCGAUCUACGGCACUGAAGAGGGGCUUCCUACUUGACUGCUCUUUCUUGUUCUUGAAUAAUUGAAGAUCUUAGUCUGAGGUUAGAUAUGGUUAGCAUAUGCAUCAUCGCUUAGCUUGUUUUUCUCAGGUAUUAAUAUUAUGUAUUGUAGGGUUGGUGAUUUCUCAUCAUUGCACUCUUUUAACUCAGAUGAUGAUAUGGAUACGCAUAGAUUUGAUCCUAAACUCGAUUUUGUAGAAAUGAUUUCCUUCCAAGUUAUUUAUACUGAUAGUUUCUACC